CAAAGAGAAAACGACAUGUGCUUUGUAAUUGUGAGUCUAUUAUUGUUGUGUUUGUGAGUCCUUUAUAAGCAUCCCACACCGUUACGUUCUUCCUCCAACCUCCCAAUUGCAGGGACACCUCACCCACUCCGUCCCGUUCCGUUCUCAUUCAUCUCAUCUAUUCCAACUCAACCACCUUCACUCUUCUUUCAUCUCUCAAAUAUAGGUUUCUUCAUUUCUCUGACUCACUUCCUUUUUUCAACAAAAACAAAUUAAACAAUCAUCACUCUCUCAACAAUCUAACCAGAAUCCACAAUCAGUUUCUCUUCCAUUUUUACUUCAAGCCAAGGUACUCAAAUGACAUCACCAUCUACUACAAUACCAAACAUAGUAACAAACACAGACAUAUCACGUGACACAAGAAGAAAGAAAAGAAAGAACAAGACACAGAAACAUCAUCAACAAGAUCAAAUUCAAAUCAACCCUAAAUGGAAAUCCCAAGAACAACAACAAAUCUACUCCACCAAGCUCCGUCAAGCCAUAACAAGAGUCAACUCAUCAUCCACCCCGCGCCGAGGAAAAGCCGUUCGAGAAGCCGCUGAUAGAGCUCUGGCGGUGACGGCCAGAGGAAGAACUCGUUGGAGCCGGACCAUUCUAAUGACCCGGCUCAAGAUCAAGUUUAGGAAGAAAAAACCUAACAGGGUAACGGCGCUGCCGUCAACUAGGUCAAAGAAGUCAAGGGUCAAUGUUUUCCGGUUGAAGGGAAAGGUAGUACCAAGUAUGCAAAGGAAAGUAAGGUUUCUUGGAGGGUUGGUUCCUGGUUGCAAAAAGGAACCAUUACCGGUGAUUCUUGAAGAAGCUAUUGAUUAUAUACCUGCACUUGAGAUGCAGGUUAGAGCCAUGAGUGCUCUUUUUAACCUUCUUUCUGCUUCUACUUCCGGCGCCGGCGUCAGUUCCGGUUGAUAAGAUAUCAUAAGAUACACUUUUGGUUUUGGGCCUGUAUGUAAUAUAUGGCAAUUCAUGUGUCCAUAUUUUAAUUUUUAUUAUUGUGAAUUAUUAUUAUUUGCCUCUUUUAAGCUAAA